AUGUACAGUUUCAGUCAAAAAUGCCCCUUGCAUCAAUCAAAACGCAUUUUAGUUGAUAAUGAUAAUAAGUAUGAUAUGGACUUGAGUAUCACUGGAAAAAUAACAAUAAAUACACACGGGGAAAUUCAGGCAUACUAUUGUGAAUAUUCUGCAUUUUACAGUGGGGUUUUGCCUAUUUACACUGGUACCAAAGCUGAUCUGAGUACCAAGAAAACUUUAUUUCAAACUUUGUUUUUUGCUGUAAUACAAUCUGUUUCCAUGUUAAAGAUUAAUAAUCAGAAACUGCAUCACAUGUGUAUUGUUGAACUAUCUCUGAGUGAAUAG